AUGGCAAGGGUUUGGUCACGACUCGCGUCAGCCCGCGCGGGAACCUCUCGCCACCCCGCGCGCGCUCUUCUCGCCUUCCGCGCGGUAUCCCAUCGCAUCCCAGCGCGCGCUCCUCUUACCGCCCCGCUCGGCCUCCUCUCACCAUCCCGCGCGUGCUCCUCUCGCCUCCCCUCGCGUGCUCCUCUCGCCUUCAAUGCUCGCGAAUCUCUUGCCUCCCCGCGCGGCCGCCUCUCGCCUCCCCGCGCAGCCUCCUCCCGCCAUCCCUCGCGCGCCCCUCUCGCCUCCCCGCGCGUGCUCCUCUCUUCUCACCUACUCGUUCUCCUCUCGCCUCCCCUCGCGCGCCCCUCAAGCCUCCCCGCGCGUGCUCCUCUCUCCCCACCUACUCGUUCUCCUCUCGCCUCCCCUCGCGCGCCCCUCAAGCCCCCCCGCGCGUGCUCCUCUCUCCUCACCUACUCGUUCUCCUCUCGCCUCCCCUCGCGCGCCCCUCAAGCCUCCCCGCGCGUGCUCCUCUCUCCUCACCUACUCGUUCUCCUCUCUCUUCACCUUGCAUGCCUCCCACGCCUCCCCGCGCGUGCUCCUCACUCCUCACCCUACGUGCUCCUCUCGCCUCCCCGCGCGUGCCCCUUUCUCCUCACCUCCAAUGCUCUUCGAUCGCCAACCUUGCGCGUGCCCCUCUCUCCUCACCCUGCGUGGGCUCCCCUCUCCUCACCUUGCGUGCUCCCCUCUCCUCACCUUGCGUGCUCCCUCUCCUCACCUUGCGUGCUCCCCUCUCCUCACCUUGCGUGCUCCCCUCUCCUCACCUUGCGUGCUCCCCUCUCCUCACCUUGCGUGCUCCCCUCUCCUCACCUUGCGUGCUCCCCUCUCCUCACCUUGCGUGCUCCCCUCUCCUCACCUUGCGUGCUCCCUCUCCUCACCUUGCGUGCUCCCCUCUCCUCACCUUGCGUGCUCCCCUCUCCUCACCUUGCGUGCUCCCCUCUCCUCACCUUGCGUGCUCCCCUCUCCUCACCUUGCGUGCUCCCCUCUCCUCACCUUGCGUGCUCCCCUCUCCUCACCUUGCGUGCUCCCUCUCCUCACCUUGCGUGCUCCCCUCUCCUCACCUUGCGUGCUCCCCUCUCCUCACCUUGCGUGCUCCCCUCUCCUCACCUUGCGUGCUCCCCUCUCCUCACCUUGCGUGCUCCCCUCUCCUCACCUUGCGUGCUCCCCUCUCCUCACCUUGCGUGCUCCCCUCUCCUCACCUUGCGUGCUCCCCUCUCCUCACCUUGCGUGCUCCCCUCUCCUCACCUUGCGUGCUCCCUCUCCUCACCUUGCGUGCUCCCCUCUCCUCACCUUGCGUGCUCCCCUCUCCUCACCUUGCGUGCUCCCCUCUCCUCACCUUGCGUGCUCCCCUCUCCUCACCUUGCGUGCUCCCCUCUCCUCACCUUGCGUGCUCCCCUCUCCUCACCUUGCGUGCUCCCCUCUCCUCACCUUGCGUGCUCCCCUCUCCUCACCUUGCGUGCUCCCCUCUCCUCACCUUGCGUGCUCCCUCUCCUCACCUUGCGUGCUCCCCUCUCCUCACCUUGCGUGCUCCCUCUCCUCACCUUGCGUGCUCCCCUCUCCUCACCCUGCGUGGGCUCCUCUCUCCUCACCUUGCGUGCUCCCCUCUCCUCACCUUGCGUGCUCCCUCUCCUCACCUUGCGUGCUCCCCUCUCGUCACCUUGCGUGCUCCCCUCUCCUCACCUUGCGUGCUCCCUCUCCUCACCUUGCGUGCUCCCCUCUCCUCACCUUGCGUGCUCCCCUCUCCUCACCUUGCGUGCUCCCCUCUCCUCACCUUGCGUGCUCCCCUCUCCUCACCUUGCGUGCUCCCUUCUCCUCACCUUGCGUGCUCCCCUCUCCUCACCUUGUGUGCUCCCUCUCCUCACCUUACGUUCUCCCUCUCCUCACCUUGCGUGCUCCCCUCUCCUCACCUUGCGUGCUCCCUCUCCUCACCUUGCGUGCUCCCCUCUCCUCACCUUGCGUGCUCCCCUCUCCUCACCUUGCGUGCUCCCCUCUCCUCACCUUGCGUGCUCCCCUCUCCUCACCUUGCGUGCUCCCUCUCCUCACCUUGCGUGCACCCCUCUCCUCACCUUGCGUGCUCCCCUCUCCUCACCUUGCGUGCUCCCCUCUCCUCACCUUGCGUGCUCCCCUCUCCUCACCUUGCGUGCUCCCUUCUCCUCACCUUGCGUUCUCCCCUCUCCUCACCUUGCGUGCUCCCCUCUCCUCACCUUGCGUGCUCCCCUCUCCUCACCUUGCGUGCUCCUCUAUCCUCACCUUGCGUGCUCCUCUAUCCUCACCUUGCGUGCUCCUCUAUCCUCACCUUGCGUGCUCCUCUCUCCUCACCUUGAGGCCUCCUCUCUCCUCACCUUGCGUGCUCCUCUCUCCUCACCUUGCGUGCGCCUCUCUCCUCACAUGCGACCAUACUGGAUUAAAGGGAGGGACCGUCUCCUUGCGACGCUUCGUGAAAUGGCUCCGCUACCACCCACUUUCGACGUAUGCGGGUCCCUACCACUUCCCACUAUCCUGACAGGGGCGCCCACGUUUCCUCACUCGGGAAUCCCGUGCACACGCACACGUUUCUCCUCCCAGCGCGCGCACCUGCCUGGUAAGCCCGCGCGAGAUCCUCUCGCCUCCCGCGUGCGCUCUUCUCGCCACUCGCGCGGCAUCCUAUCGCCUCCCCGCACGCGCUCCUCUUGCCUCCCCGCGCGUCCUCCUCUCACCAUCCCUAGCGUGCUCCUCUCGCCUCCCCUCACGUGCUCCUCUCUCCACACCAUGUGUGCACCUCUUUCCUGUACCUCGCGUCCUCCUCUCUCCUCACCUCGCGUGCUCCUCUCUCCUCACCUCGCGUCCUCCCCUCUCCUCACCUUGCGUGCUCCUCUCUCCUCACCUCACGUCCUCCUCUCUCCUCACCUCACGUCCUCCUCUCUCCUCACCUCGCGUCCUCCUCUCUCCUCACCUCGUGUCCUCCUCUCUCCUCACCUUGCGUCCUCCUUUCAACUCACCGCACGUCCACCUUUCUACUCACAUUGCGUCCUCCUUUCCUCCAAAUCACCAACACCUCCGUUGGCGUCGCUGAUCGCGUCUUUUGCCCUCACCCCCGCCCACACUCUUGCAACGGCGGUGCUUCCGCAGUCCCCCUGCACGCCCGCAGAAAACCCUCGUUGCACGCUCUCUAUUUCCCACAUGUACGCCCUCGCUCCCCCUCUGCUCCUCUUGUCCCCCUAUGCUCAUCUUACCCCCUUCCGCUGGUCCUUCUCCUUUCUGCACCACUUCCAACCCGAAGCUCCGCUGUUCCCCCUAUGCCCCUCUUUUUCCGCCCAGCUCCACUUUUCUCCUGUGAGGCUCCUUCGCUCUCUGCUCCUCUUUCCCUCCUCUGCUCCUCUUGUCCCCCUCUACUCAUCUUUGCCCCCUCACUCCCUUCCAUCCCACUCAACUGUCACCCUCCCUCCCUGUUUAUCACCCUAUUUUUUGCCUCGCAUCCCAAAUGUUCUGACACCACCCUCCUCACAGCUUCCCCACAUUGGGAUUCCCACCUCAUUAUUCAUAGUUUCUGAGUAUUCUGUCUUCAAAUCUGACAUCCAUCACUAG